AGUUGCUCUGUCGACACAUGAGGUAGCAAAUGUUUUAAAUUGUAGUUUGUUUCUAAAUGAUAAAAUUUUGUAGCGAAAGUUAUUCAAUUUGAGUAGUUUUUGACUAUGUGUUAUUGCAAUUAUCAGUCAUAAAAUUAUUUGUCAUUGCUAAUUCAAACUAAGCUGUAAAAUUCUAAGGUAAUCGUGCUUAGAAACGGAAGUCGAUUUCUUUAAAACAUUUGUUCAAACUUGGAUUCGAAGAUUUAAGGAAUCAUUAGAUUGCAGGUGCUGACCACUGCAGUUAAACAUAAUAGAGUAGUGUGCUCAGAAAAGCACCAAGAGUUGGUCCAAUUGGAUUUUUGUUAUAGUUACUUCUACCACAUUCCGCAAAGAAUUAAAAAUGGGUAAACCUCAGUCUGAACGACUGAAUAACGAUGAGUUUCUUAAGUUGAUUCCACAUCUUCAUGCAGAUGAAAUCAUUAAUAUCGAAAUAAAGUUGAGUGGAAUAUGGAAUCCAAUGGUUGCUAUUACAAGCAAAAGUCAAAAACCAAAUUACUUGAUUUGUAAUUUGUGCAAACAAAAUCUAAAUCUUUCUGAAUUUAAGAGACAUUUACAAAGUACUAAUCAUAUAGCUGCACUUCCAACUGUAGAGCAAUUUUUUCAUCCUUAUUAUACGUAUGAUAAGAGUUCAGAGAAACUGGCAAAGGGUAUUGAUGUAUCGGAUGAGGAGUUGAAAGAGGGAAUUGAUAAAGCAGUUGAAGCUAUUAAAAAAAUUGAUAUGAAAAAGUUUGAGAAACAAAAGAGUCUUGCUUUACAGUUAUACGAGGAGGAAUCAAUAAAAUUGAAAAGAAUUAUUACACAGCUUGCGUUAAAAACAGAUGCUAAAACUCCCCCUCAAAUCUUCGUUGACGUAACACUCUCUUUAACUGAGAUGUUGCAAUUAGAGUUUAGUGACCAGAAGGAUGUUUGGAAAAAAAUGUUGAUAACAUCUACACCAGCGCGUUUAAAUGGAAAUUACACUUGUGUUAUAUGUUCCAAAAAUUUAUCUGGAAUUAUAACGGUCAAUGCCCAUUUCAAUGGUUACACACAUAAAGUGGCACAGUUAGCUACUUUGGGAGUACGCCUUCGACAAAAGAACAAUUUAACUAAAAAUUGUAGUUACCAAUAUGAAACUAAGUAUUCUGUGCAAGUUAAUAAAACCGGAAAAGAGUUCUUUAAAAAGGAAGCGUUGGCAAAAAUUAAUGAAAGGAGUAACUUCAAAAAAGAUGAUAAACCCAAAAAUGAAAAUAAUGACGAAAACGAAGGUGGAAAGAAAGAUAGAUUUCUAGAUAGUAAUUCAAAGCUCCCAGCUUCAUUAGCAGAAAAGGCAAAUAUCUUAGCAAGAUUGGCAAAAACUAAUAUGCGAGAUGAUAAGAAUGAAAAACAUCUUAAAAAAAUUGCUGAAGAGGACCAUCAACGUUAG